GCGGAGUUUACUUAAAUACUAUAGAAAAAAUUAGCGAGGUACGCACCGCACAUAAUUUGAAGUUCACACCACAAUUUCUUGACAAGUGUACAAUCGAGAAAUAUUCCCAUUUGAAAAACAUGAGCGACAUCCUGUCUUAUGAUGCAGAACCUCCGCAGUUGGUCAUUGGUCUAGACAACUGGGAGCUAAUAAUCACGCGAGAGUUUAAAAAGGGCGAGCCCGGUCAACCCGUGGCUUCGAAUACGAAAUUGGGAUGGGUACUACAUGGUGUAGACAUAGGUAGUGCUGAACCUAUACACUACCUAAGCGCAUGUGUGCAAGAAGAUAUGGUCUACAAGACAGCGGCCAAUGAAGGAAAUCGUAAGAGCGUCGCAAGAACACCCACGCCCACUCAGACCUCUCGAAAUAAGAAAAGGCGGUCCAAACGUAACAGCGCAGAAAGAAAAAGUGCUUGCUUCGACUUACGAGAUAACAAACGCGAAGUCAUAGCUCCAGGAAGAGAGCAGCCGUCACUGACGCGAAAAGCGUAUAGUUGGCCGAAGUUAAAUGUUAUGACCGGAAGAACUCCGGAUGUUAUUAGGCCAAAGUAUAAUUUAUGGCGACAAAAGUCAAAUAUGGAAAAAUGUUGGCGGCCAUCAAAGCGGCGGUACGAACAAGAUAAUCAGAAAACUUGAUGUCGUUAUGGAAAAUGGAAUACUUCGGCUUAAAGGACGAAUCGACGCAAUACACGGCGUAACGAGGGACUACAAGCAGCCUAUCGUGCUGAAUAGUAAAAAUCAGAAUCAUACGAUUAAUUAUUGAACACUCUCACUGCCGAUUUAAUUACGCCAAUCAUGCGACAGUUAUCAACGAACUGAAAUAACGAAUCGAUGAUUAUGGCAUUAAGAAGAUUCGCCGUCCACAGGGAAAUGCCGAAGAUUAUGUACCGCGACAACGGAACUUAUUUUGUAUGCCCAAUGUAUUUUGUAAGG